AUGAUUCAUCAUUUAUCACCAUUAGUUGAACAAUUAAAAUUGAAAUCAAAAUCUAUUCUAUCAGAUUGGCAAGAAUAUAAUCGUAAUUUACUUCAAAUAGAAAUUUUUUUACGUGAAGCUAAAGCAGAAGCAGAAAUUGAUCGUGUAGAAAUAAGUGUAGUAAAUGUUGAAACUUAUGAAAUGAAUCGUCAAUUAUCUGGUCAUUGUGAUGAUCAAAUAUCAAUAAAAAUUAAUGUAAUAACUCAACGUAUUCAACAACAAUGGACAAUAGUUGAACAACGUUCAAAAGAAAUAAUUAAGUCAGCACAAGAAAUAGUUCAUAAUUUCACAGACAAUUUAAUAGUUUAUUCGUUAAUUUAUUUUGAUCGAUUGAGUGAAGUUGAAAGUCGAUGGUAUACAAUUCAACGAGAAAAAUUUACAUCGGAUGUAGAAUCACUUUUAGAAAAAGUUGAAUAUUUAUCAUAUUUUAAACGUGCUAAACCUUUUUAUGAAAUUAUAAUUGAAUAUUUUCAUAAAAAUGAAUCAGUUAAAAAUCGUAUAAAACAACUUGAAAGUAAUCAAUAUGAUAAACUUAAUUUUGCAGUUUUAGUCUUAACUGUUUUUGUUGCAGCAGUAGUUGACUCAAGAAGAUUAUCUUAUUCAAGAAGAUUAUCUAAUUUAAAUUUAAAUAGUGAAGAAAAAGAACUUUUACUUCAAAUUCGUGCAGCAUUACAAUUAAAUUCUAGUUGUAAUGCAAUCACAUAUAGUUUGAAUCAAACAGCAAUUAACACAUAUGAUGAUAAAAGUUAUCAAUGCCCAGAUGUAACACUAUCUAAAAGUGGUUAUUGUAUUCUUCUAAUAAAUGAUGCAAUUAAACGAUGUAAUGCUGAUCCAAAAUGUAGUGGUUAUGCAAUGACAGAUAUGUUAGAUUGGCAAGAUCAGUCUGAUGUUGCUGUUCAAUUAUUUACUACUACAACAAGCCCAACUAGUAGACCAGCAAAACCCAAUCGAUGGUUUAUUUUUCAGAAAACAUGUUGGAAAUUUUAUUAA